AAUGCAAAUGAGUAACAAUGACACACCGAGAACCGUAAAUGUUAUUUUCCGCAUAAAAGAAUAAAAUAAUUCUUAUAUGAAUAUAGUCGAAACUUUCGAUGAAUCUAAGGAUGUACAAUACGCUACUAAAUGGUUCCUACACCAAUUCGAAGAAUUUUUGUUUUUACCACAGAUUUAGAUGUGAACGAAAAUAAUGAUCAAGUUUAACCAAAAGAGAUUCAUCGUCAAUACCUGGGUAAUGUUGCAAUGGCUAAUAUGUCUGGUAGCAACUACAUCUCCAAGUUAUCUUAUUCCUGUUACGAUCAACCCCCUUGUUCAACACCGAGAAAGAUUAAAAGAUGAACAAAUAAAUACUUUUUACGAAAAAGACAAAACAUUUUUCUCUAAAGUGACACCUUUGGACGCUUCUAGAUCUUCUGGAGAACCAGUUAAAGAUACAAUACAAAAAAAAAUAAAUGUAGUUUUUUUUACAGUUGUAUCAGCUUAUGUUUCUAAAACAAUGAAACUGAGCAAUCUCAAAUAUACGAAAAUGAGUAAAUGGUCGUACUCCGUUGAUGAGCAAAGUAUUUUGGCUGCAUCUGGUGGGAGUUUGACGUCAAUCGAUAGUAAUACAACGAUUUGUGAUAUCCAGAAGUAUGCUAUGAAAGUUUUGGAGAAAAAAUACAAAUUUAACACAAGUGAAAUAUUGCGCAAACUAAACUAUGAUUUAUCAGAUUAUUAUGCCGUUGAUGAAAAAGAGUGGACAUACGUUGUUGGGAUCAUUGUUCAAAAUGUUCUCGAACAUAGAACAAACACUUUGCAGUUAACCAAAUGCCACUUAGCUGAAAUGAUAAAUACUAGUGUGACUAAAAUGGAAGAAUUCACAUUGAAUGAAACUGACACUUACUUAUACAACACAACAAUGUUGCUUGAAAAACUCCCAAAUUACAAGGAAAUUGUGUUAAAUCAACUUUACAAAACAUUUGAAUUAUCUGAAGCAGAGUUUACAAAAGUCACCAAAACUAACAUUUCUCGUGUGAAAUCCAUGACAUUAAACAAUAUACUCAAGCUUUUCACUAAAAGUGUUCUUCAGAAACUUUUCGUCACUGAGAAUGAAGUUGCAGCAAGAAACCACAAUUUUUCUCAACAGAUGCUACUCUCAUGCCCUGAUAGAUGGCAUCCAUUUAUUAGCAUCAUUGUUAAUGAAUCAUUUCACAAUGCAGCGGAAAAAAUGUCUAUAGAUGUUGACGCACUUUCGUCUCUUAUCAACAAGUCUUAUUCCGUAGUGCAAAACUACAGCGUCAAUGAAAUGAUCAAUUUGCUGGAAAAAACAAUCAUUCCUUUAUCAAAUGACAAAAAAAUCCUUGAGACGUUACCAUUACAAAAAGUUAUUGAGCAGCUUGGUUCAAUUAAUGUCGGAGAAAAAGAUGUAUUUGAGGUUAUCUAUCGGUUUACCAACUUUACUGAAAAUCAGUUGACUGUUUUGUACAAUUGGUCGAUUAGCGAUUAUCUUUUUUCUGCUAAAUUUACCCUUGACGAUGUGAAUAUGGUUUGCAAAGUUGAUUCCAUGAAAACAGAACUUCUGACUUUGGCUACUUUUACAGUUGGUUCAACAAACAACUCAUGUAAUUCAUUUACUAUUUUACGAAGAAUAUCAGAAGGGCACUCAGUUAGCUAUUUGGAAAACAAGUACUCUUCUAAAGAACUGUUAUUGAAUAUUUCAGUUUCUCAGUUGAUUAAUCAGCUCACUAGAGUACCAUCAAACAUAAGCCACCGUGUUUUUAAUGUCUCUGGGGAAGCCGAGAGUCUUAUUUCAAGUUUCACUUUAAACGAUAUCAUUGCAGCGUCAAUGUACCAGAGUUCGCACUUGAAAUCAUUGUCUUUUCAAGCUAUUAUUGACAUCAUGGUUGAAUUGUGUAACAAUGGAUCAUUUCAUCAAAAAGUGAAAUCGAUGAAACCUUCAAGAUCGAUGGAAGUAUUUACGACAACUAUUGAAAAGUUGGUCCCAACUCAAAUUCGUCCAAGUGUGAGGUCAACUAUUCUCGAUUCAGAUGCAAAGUGUCAACCGUCAUGUAGGGCUGAAGAAUUUUGCGUUGUCAGAAGUGAUAAAUUUCCCAUUUGCCAAGCUACAAAAAACCUCGAAGGAAGCUUCAGAAUCAUAAACGGUGUUAAUUUCACAAAACAUUUAGAAGACCGGAAUUCUGAUGUCUUUAGAAACAUGGCUGCCCAGAUAGAAAGCGUGGUUGAUGUCAUUUAUGAAACGUCUUUAUAUUCGACAGUUUACCUUGGAGUAAACAUUUUACGUUUUGAGAAAGGGAGUGUCAUCGUUCAUUUCAAACUUUCUUUUGAAAACACAAUAGAAAUAAACGAUAGCACUAUAAAUGAUAUCACUGAAGUAUUGAAAAACGCCGAAGAUAGAAACUUCACAAUUGACAAAAACAGCACGAUAAUCAAUGAUUUUGAUGAAUGUUCUUCUGGGCUGCCACUAAAAUGUCAUGAAACAGAAAAUUGCCAUAAUACAUUAGGAUCCUAUAAUUGUAGCUGUCGUAAAUCAACAGAUGGAAAUGGGAUUGUUUGUGAAGCCAUUAACUCAUCACGAGAUAAAGAUAAAGAUGAUUUUCCAUGGAUUAUAGUAAUAGGUAUCAUGGCUUCUUUAAUAAUAUUUCUACUUUUCGUGAUGAUCUACAGAGAGAGAAAACACAGAAAGAAUAACAGACAAAAAACGUUAAAGAUCAGAGAGCACAACGGUGAUACUAACAUGACUAACAUGUAUCCUCAUCAAACGUCACAACUUGCUCAAACUCCAGAAUCAGUUACAGGUAUUUUUGAUGGUUUGGGAAUUAUUAAUCGUUAUGGAUCCCAACCACACAUGGCUUCAUUUAACCCUACAACUGAAGAUAAGAAGAGGUGGAGACAGCCACAGAUAUUCGAGUACAGUCUCUGAGCAAAAUGGCCACACAAACAUGUAAAUGGUUCAGAUUUUUUACAUUUUAGUAUAAAUGAUUCUUAUUUUUGAGCAAACGAUCGCAGUAUAUAGAAUCUGUUGAUAUAAAUUAUUAAAGAAACAAAAAAUUGUUAAUAUGUAUGAGCCAUGGACAGGCUUAUUAAAAACGAGGAGACCUUUGAAAUUAACAUUAUGGUUCAAAAAACAAAAGGGCUACUGAGCUUUAAAAAAUAAUAAUUUUCCUUGUAGCUCUAAUAAUUAAUUUAUCAUCAUGUAUCAAUUUGAUUCUGAGAUAAAAUUACGCAAAUGCAAUAAAUUUAUCAUACUAUAAA